UGUAACUGAACAUAAUAGAAGAAGGAUAACUUUAACGGUUUUUUACCAUCUUAUAAUUUAAUCAUUUAAAAUUAUGGCUGCAAACAAAAAAUUUUCAACAGAUAUAAUUAAACAAGAAUGUAUUUCUACACCAGAACAUAAUUCUUUUGCAACAGAAUUGCGAAAUGCAAUUCUUGCACGAAAUAUUCUUACUGCUAGAACACGUAAAAAAGUGGUAAAUUCUUUGGAUGAUAUAAGUAAGUCCAAAGAAGAAUCAAGAAGGGUUUAUUUACGAGAAAAAGCGGUUAAUGAAGUAUUAUCAUCUGAAAAAACAUAUAUCCAUCAGUUGGAAUUAAUUUUAAAAUAUUUUAUAAACCCAAUUAGAGAGAAAAAAAUUUUACCGUAUGAUAGUUUUACAUCAAUUUUUGGAAGUAUUGAUACCAUUUAUAAUGUAAAUAAAGAAUUACUUAAUGAGUUGGAGAAAGAUUCUGAAAACAUAGCUGCUUCAUUUCUAAAAUUGGCACCGUUUUUUAAAAUUUAUUCGGUUUAUGCAUAUGAUUAUAGAAAAUCAUUAUUACUUUUACAGGAAUUGGAAGGUAAAAAUCGCGAAUUUGCGAAAUUUUUGGAAAACCAAGAAAGUCGUCCUGAAGUUUCACAAAAGUUAUCGGCACUUUUAAUCACACCAAUUCAGAGAAUUCCAAGGUAUCGUCUACUUUUAAAAGAAGUGUUAGCAUAUACUACACAAUCGGAAGCAGAUUAUGAAUUAUUAAAAGAAUCAUUACAAGAAGUAGAACGAGCCGCCUAUCAUAUAAACAGUCUUGUCGAAGAACAAGAAAAUGCUCAACAUUUAUUGGAAUUACAAAGAAGUUUAUGCAAUCAAAAACCAAAUGUUGUAAAACCAGGACGUAAAUUGAUAAAAGAAGGAUUUGUUAUGAAAAUGCAACAGAAUGGUGCCCAUGGAUGUCAACGGUAUUUGAUUGUCCUCAGUGAUAUUAUAUUAUAUUGUAAAUUAGUCAAAUCGAAACCAUCUGAUCCGAAUUCGUUACAAUGUCGAUGCAUUUUACCUUUACAUAAAUGUCGAAUCACCGAAGUAUCUAGUAAAGGUGUGUUCACUAUUACAUGCCAAAAUGAAAAUUUAAUUUUAUAUUGUGAACCGGCCACUGAUGUAGCUGAAUGGAUUUCUGUAUUACAAGAUGCUGUUAAAAAAUGUAUUGAAUGUAGAAAAACGUUACGAAAAGCAAGUAGUUCACGAAAACCUGCACGAAAACGUCAUAUUCUUGAAUAUGAUGAAAAUUCUAUUGUUCCGAAGCAUCAAUUUGAUAGAAAAAGGCGAUAUCCACAGAAAGCUUUAGAAAAUGUUACAAAUAAUAAUGUACCUGUUGAUAAUAUUGAAACAGCAAAACGUUUACGUGUGAAUUCCUGUGAAAGUAGAAAUUUGGAUUACAUUCACACGUUCGAAACAAUUACGGAACAACAGGAUGAAGACCAAGUUAAUGAAAAUAUAAAUGCUUAUGGAUUACAAAAACAUGUUCCUCGAGAUGAAAGUGUUUAUUCUAAAGUAAGAGGAUAUUUUUGGGGUGUCGGAAAGUCAAUUAAAAGUAUUUUUGGUCGUUAAAUAAUUUAAAUGAAGAGUAAUAUAUGCUUGUUUUAAUACUCAUUAGGAUUGUUUAGCAAAUAUUUAGCGCGUCAGUAAUCAAGAAAAAUGAUUUGAGCUAAAGAAUUAUGAUGUCAUGAUUAAAGGAUGACGCGCAUCAAUGCUCUAAAUAUUUGCUCAACAAUCCCAAACAU